AUGGCGACCGCGUGUACAAACUCUCUCGGGCACGUGGGAGCGUCCCGUGCGGCCGAGCGCCUCUCUUCCUCGCGCUCGAGCUACGUGUCGACCGCUCCCGUGAGCGUCAUCAGCCGCCGCCGCGUGGCCAAAAAGGUGGAGACCGCCAUUACCGCCAGGCUCCGCCCCGGUCGCCAGGGCGUGCAGCGCAUCUACCGCAUGGCCACGGAGAAGUCCCAGAUCAGCGUGUACGAGUACCUCGAGUCCAUCGGCGUUCCGAGGGUGAACGCGCUGCAGGUGCAGUCGAGGGCGUCGGAGUGGUUCGAGUUCGAGAACGCAAAGGCGGGCGGCGACAAGGACGCGCCUUUCGGCGUCGAGCAGAUGGCGGCCGUGGUUGAUUUUUUGAAGCAGAAGGGCGUGGGAGAGUCGGACGUAGGCUCGUUGGUGUGUGCGCAUCCCCCGGUGCUGGCGUACAGCGUCGAGAGGAGGAUCGCGCCCCUGUUUGCCUACCUUGACGAGCUCGGCAUGGACGCGGAGCGCGCGGUGGCCGCGCUGAGGAAAAGGCCCAACCUGCUCGGCCUGGACCCGGAUAACAACAUGAGGAGGAUGGUGGAUUACCUGCAGAGCACGGGAAAGACGCAGGAGGAGGCGCUGGAUCUGCUGCUCACGUCGCUGUAG